ACGACUGCAGCAGCUCGCCGUGUUCGACAGGUUAUUGUGUUGACUUGGUCAAUGCGUACAGCUGUCUCUGUCCCGAUGGCUUCACUGGAGUCAACUGCGAUGAAUUUUCGGUUGGAAAUGGAACAAUACGCGGUACCUCCACGCAAGAUGGCGACCCACAUAUUGUGACGUUUGAUAAGGCAAAAAUGACGUAUCAAGGUUCCUGCCGUUACGUACUGAUAAAGACUGACGUCAGAAAACUAAACGGGCUAACACCUUUCACCGUCACUGUGCGUAACGCCGCAAACAACGACGGCUCCAGCCUUCUGGACGAUGUGGAAAUGACUAUAGGGGACAGGCGCGUCAGGAUGACUGUCCGCGGAGAAGUCUUGGUUGAUGGAAUCCCCCUCGACAUGGAAACGCUUCCAUUUGUCACUGAGUCAUUCAAAAUCAGGAGAGGCGUCCUAGGAAGCGUGUUGCAACCUGUCCCACAACGCGCCAUCAGCGAACCAGUGCUGCGCCUCGAGACGGCGUUUCUGGUCAACGUCACGUCCACAGUGCGAAGAUUCGACGGUAGUGGGAGACACUAUCUAAACCUAGAGGUUCCGGCUGCCUAUCGCGGCAAGUUAGAGGGUCUCGCGGGCAAUUUCAAUGGAGAUCCGAGUGAUGACUACAAAUUGGCUGAUGGCACCGACGUCAGAUACAUUUCUCCGCCGGAUAUGAGAAGUCAAAUGAUAGCGGACAGCUGGUUGGUUAAAAAUCAUCCGGAUAAUGACAGACCUCCCUGUAAUUAAACUAAGUACUGCUGAUGACGAUCCACUGGACAACGGAACGGAACGGAACUGGACUAUGAGAAAAUAUUCUUUACAUCUAGAGGGACUUUUGGAAACCACAUACUAAUAUAUGUUACAACGGCUAUGAAUGUGAUAAUACAUUGGGGGGGGG